ACAGUGUGUGUUUAGAAGAAAAUUGCAUUCAUACAGAAAAUUUCUUUGAAAGUACACCCACAUUAGUUGCAAUUGCAAGUGUCGUUUAUGCCCACUGCACAAAGGCGCAUUUUUCUGCCCACCGAUUCAUACAUAUUUUUUUUUUUAUAUUUUUGCUGUUAUCGUGCUCUGCUGGCGGAAAGUGAAGCAUUUCGCUUCGAUAUCUGUUAUCUCACCGCCUCCACAGUCAGCGCAUUGCAAAGUUGUUUAACCACAACACAACCCCUGUCAGGCUAGAGUCUAGAGAGUGUCGGUGGGCAACAGUUGUCUGGUGGUAGAAAGAAAAAGCGCAAUUUGUGAGUUUGGCGAGGGCUUGUUGUUAGUCGAAAGUGGCUUGUUUUGCACGAUUGAUAAAGUAAGAAUCGCAACGGAAGGAAAAGUGAGUGAAAUUGCUUUAUAUUUUUCAGUGUACUUUAACUCUCUGCAGCAGGCGCGAAGAAGGUGAAGAUAAAUACAGUGAAAAGGAUUUUUUUGAAUCAAGCAGGACAGAGCCAGGCAGCAGCAGAGUAAGCAUUUGAAGCACGACAUCGUCGUCGUCGUCGUCGUCGCCAUAUUUUGGGUAGCAAGAGGUUAUUGACUUGAAUCAGCAGUCAAGCUACGAGAAUUUCAACGCUCACAAACAGCACCUCACUCCCCACCACCCGCAACAAAAUGAUAUUGCAAAGGCAGUCGAAGGGUGGGACACAGUCCACCCGCCCAACCCGAAGCAGUAACGCACCCCUGCAGACUAUUUGCAUUUUCCAAGCUGUGAUAGUAUCGAUAGUGCUAGCCGUGUUCCUCCUGCCAGCGGAAAUUUCCAGCCUCGAGAAUGGCCUCGCACGGACACCGCCGAUGGGUUGGCUUUCUUGGGAACGGUUCCGCUGCAACACGGACUGCGAAGGGGACCCGGAGAAUUGCAUCAGUGAAAACUUGUUCCGCACGAUGUCCGACCUGGUGGUGAGCGAAGGGUACUCCGCCCUGGGCUACGAAUACAUCAACGUCGACGAUUGCUGGUUGGAGAAGUCGCGAGGACCUCGCGGCGAACUCGUCGCCGAUCGACGCCGGUUUCCCAGCGGAAUGAAAGCUCUCGCAGAUUACGUGCACGCCAAGGGGCUCAAGUUCGGCAUCUACGAAGAUUAUGGUAACUACACCUGUGCCGGAUAUCCCGGUAUUCUGGGCUUCUCUCAGAACGAUGCCGCCCAGUUUGCCUCGUGGGACGUGGACUACGUCAAACUGGAUGGAUGCUACUCACUACCGAUCGAUAUGGAUCACGGUUAUCCGGAGUUUGGACGACAUCUGAAUGCCACCGGUCGAGCAAUGGUGUACUCCUGCAGUUGGCCCGUGUAUCAGAUCUACGCCGGAAUGAAUCCAAACUACUCGUCCAUCAUUCAACAUUGCAAUCUGUGGAGAAACUACGACGAUAUUCAGGAUUCGUGGGCUUCGCUGGAGAGUAUCAUCGAUUACUACGGAAACAACCAGGACGCGAUCAUUCCCAAUGCCGGUCCAGGGCACUGGAACGAUCCAGAUAUGUUGAUCAUCGGAAACUUUGGCCUGAGCUACGAACAGUCCAAGACGCAGAUGGCUCUGUGGGCCAUCAUGGCGGCCCCGUUGAUGAUGUCGGUGGAUUUGCGAACGAUCCGACCGGAGUUCAAGGCAAUCCUGCAGAACAAGAAGAUCAUUGCCGUUGAUCAGGAUCCGCUUGGCAUCCAGGGAAGGAGGAUAUAUAAGCACAAGGGCAUCGAAAUCUGGUCCCGUCCGAUUACACCCAUCUACCAGACGUUUUACUCGUACGCCAUUGCCUUCGUGAACCGAAGAACCGACGGAACACCUUCGGACGUUGCCGUCACGCUGCGUGAACUGGGUCUGAUCUCGCCCACUGGAUACAGAGUGGAGGACCUCUACGAGGAAGUCGACUACGGAAUACUGAGCCCACAGACCAAGAUCAAGGUUAAGGUCAACCCAUCCGGUGUUGUGAUCCUCCGCGCCGAUGUCCAACCGGAACGAUUCUCCAAGAGACCGUACAAUCCCAUCUUCUACCGUUAUCCCAACUAAAGCCACCUCGGGAAAGCCUUUUCCACCUUUUCGAGCCAACCAGCCAGCCGUGUGAUCCCACUUAUUUUAGAAAACAAAAAGAAACAAAAGUUUUAAGACGAAGAAAAAACUCUACAACCUAGCAUCUAAGUCUGAUUCCCAAGCAAAGUGUUGAACUGUGCGCACUCUACAAGUCUACCACGUGAAAACUGACAACUUUUACAGAAAAAGUCGAUCUGAAAGGAUGAUAUGACGUAUCUUUAAAUAGAAUCAUUAUACAAUACAAUAGGAGAUCGUGAGCGUGUAGAUAGCAGCGAUAAUAGACAUUUAACCUUAAUGCAAUUUGUAUAUCUAAAUUGAAGCAAUUGUACAAAUGAUGAUUACCGGCUCGUUUUAGAGGGGCCUCACCCAUCUCUACUUCGCGAUUGACGAUAAGAAAUAAUCUCAAAAAAGUCGAAGAACAAACAUCAGGAGAGAAAAUACUUGAAAGAUAAUGUGCCAGCUCUACCAGAACGAAAUGAAUUCCCUAUGGAACGCGCAAAUGCACGGGUGGGUAGUGGAAGUAGUAGCAAAAGGUGCUCCGUAAGGAAUUCAUUAAAAUAUGGUGAUAUUUAUUAUACAAACAAAACCACACAGUCUGUUGUCUUCAUUUCACUUUGUAUUUCGCGAUACGCAGGUAGUUAAACACGCAAGAAUGAAGACUGGUGGAGCCAACUAGACAGCCUACCGAGAACGAGCUCGUUUCAUUUGUUUUCAAAUUUCUAAUCUACGGACAUUGCCAAAACAGCUUGAUCAAGCUAGAGUCUUCUCUACUGUGUAGCCAGCAGAAGUGCGAACCAACGUAAAGCAGUUAAAAACUGUUAGAAAAAGGAAAUAAAUUUAAACCCAACAUAAACGAAACCGCUUUCAUACACACUACACUAGCGCAAAGAUCGGUGUUAAUGGUGUAGAAAGCAUAAAACUAUUCAGUUAUCAAGAGGAGCGCUAAAAGGGGUUUGGAUGAAGUGCCAAACCGCGGAACAGCGACCGGAACCGAACUUUUUAUUUCCCUUAUUUUUUCAAUUGAAUUCCAGGAGGACCUCAAACCACACACACACAAAAACAGCAACGGAGCAUAAACAACAAAGCGUAGAUUCCAAAUUGGUUUUGCCUGUUUAUGUAAUUUAUUUUUAUCCUAGUGUUUAAGCGAUAUGAAAUUAAAUAAAAUGGUAAUGAAAAAGUGA